GAUGGGACUAGUAGCCAGGCCCCAGCUCCUCACCCAGGCUGUGCCUUCUCUUGUGAGAAACAGGAAGCUGGGACCUUUAGCAGCUCAGCGGCACCCUCUACAUUAAAUAUUUAUCUUGGAGUCCAGGUCAGAGCCUUAGUGCCUAAGAAGUCCUCUGCUGGUGAGGGGAAUGGCCAGGAUUCCUGGAGUUAGAAGAUCUUCCACUUCGUUGGAGAGCAAGGAAGAUAGUGAAAAUGAUGUGGCCCUUCUUAGUCCCAAGGACCCUGACAGAGCACACGCGAAGGAGCAGCAGGCACAUCCUGUGUCCUCCAACUUUGACCCAAGCAUGCAAGGCUUCCCUGCUGGGCUCAGCCUGGAGGAUUUCAUCCCUGGCCAUCUACGGACCCAUAUAGGCCCAUCUUCCCGGGGGACAAGGGUGCCUGUGAUCCGGAAUGGUGGCUCCAACACCCUUAAUUUCCAGUUCCACGACCCUGCGCCCAGGACUGUGUGCAAUGGCUAUGCCCCGCCCAGGAGAGAUGGUUCCCAGCAUCCAGACCCAGCGUGGUAUCAGACUUGGCCAGGCCCUGGGAGCAGACCCUCUGCGAGCCCAAAGCAGCCUGCCUCCCAGCAUGCCCAGAACUGGUCAGCCACAUGGACCAAGGACAACAAGCGACGGGACAAGCGCUGGGUGAAGUACGAGGGAAUCGGGCCCGUGGAUGAGAGCGGCAUGCCCAUUGCUCCCCGAUCUAGUGUUGACAGCCCCAGAGACUGGUAUCGGAGAAUGUUCCAGCAAAUUCACCGGAAGAUGCCAGACCUGCAGCUGGACUGGACCUCGGAAGACUCGCCCAAAGUGGUUUCCUCACGUGCCUCUUCUGCGGACCCCAGGCAUCCAGGGCCUCAGCAAAGACCUGCUUCCAGGCCUGGUACAGCUGUGACUUCUAGCGGAAGAAACUGGAACCACUCUGAAGAGACAUCUCGAAAGACCUUUAACUAUAAUCUUGGGCCAUCCUCUUCGGGGCUCCACCCCCCAAGUCAGGUAUCCAGACGUCGAGAGAAAGGAGAGAAUGUCUGGUCAGAAGAUUCCUGGAACCAGUUUCUACAAGAACUAGAAAGUGGGCAUAAGCCCAAGAAACCACUGGUGGACGGCCCUGUUGAGAAGCCUGCCCAGCCCAUUGAGGUCCUGCUAGAGAGAGAAUUAGCCAAGCUGAGCGCAGAACUGGACAAGGACUUGCGGGCCAUCGAGAACCGUCUGCCGUCCCCCAAGAACUCUUCUCAGACUUCUCAGACUCCAGGACGGUCCGCUGAGCAGCAGGUCCCGGAGCAGCGGCCCUCCGCCCGCCCGUCCUCACCUUGGAGGCCCAACUCCCCGCAUGCACCUCACUUCGGUUCCUCCCGACCCUUGAGCCCCCACAGAAUGGCAGACGGUGUAGGAAGUCCCUUUCUGGGACGCAGAGAUUUUGUCUACCCUUCCUCAACCGGAGAGCCUAGUGCCUCUGAAAGGGGUAGCAGCCCUGCGAGGAAGGAGGAGAAGAAGAGGAAGGCUGCCCGGGUCAAGUUUGACUUCCAGGCGCAGUCCCCCAAGGAGCUGACCCUACAGAAGGGUGACAUCGUCUACAUCCACAAAGAAGUGGACAAGAACUGGCUGGAAGGGGAGCACCAUGGCCGACUGGGCAUCUUCCCAGCUAAUUAUGUGGAGGUUCUGCCUGCACAUGAGAUCCCCAAGCCCAUCAAGCCGCCCACGUACCAGGUGCUGGAGUAUGGAGAUGCUGUAGCCCAGUAUACCUUCAAGGGAGACCUGGAGGUGGAGCUGUCCUUCCGAAAGGGGGAGCACAUCUGCCUGAUCCGCAAGGUGAACGAACAUUGGUACGAGGGGCGCAUCACAGGCACAGGGCGCCAAGGCAUCUUCCCUGCCAGCUACGUGCAGAUAAACAAGGAGCCCCGGAUCCGGGUCUGCGACGAUAGCCCCCAGCUCCCUGCAUCACCUCACCUGACAGCCACCGCUCGGCUAGCCUGCCACUCCAGCUCCCCCUCAACACACAUGGACCCCACUGACUGGGGAGGUCGGACCUCCCCUCGCCGGUCUGCCUUCCCCUUCCCCAUCACCCACCAGGAGCCCAGAUCCCAAAGCCAGAACCUCAGUAGCCCCGGACCAGCCCUGUCCCAUCCUCGAAGCACCAGCCAUCCCGUAGACCUGGGGGCCUCCUCCCCAAGCACCACAGAGAUACACUGGACUCCGUACCGGGCUAUGUACCAGUACAGGCCUCAGAAUGAGGAUGAGCUGGAACUCCGAGAAGGGGACCGUGUGGAUGUCAUGCAGCAAUGUGACGAUGGCUGGUUUGUGGGUGUUUCCCGGAGAACUCAGAAAUUUGGGACGUUCCCUGGAAAUUAUGUAGCCCCGGUGUGAGUGGUCUCCAUGGCAAUUUGGAGCCAACGAGGAUGGGGUGGGGAGCAGUAGUAGUAUGAGAGGAAGAGAGCUCCUCCCCCACACCCUCUUCCCCCAG